GCUGUCGGGAGAGGUGAGAGGCACACACACGCACACAGUCAAGGUAAGCCAGGGAUCUACAGGAAGAGAUUAACUGACAACACUAACGGUGUUAUCUUCUCUCCACAGAAUUUAAUAUUCCCCAUCCGAGACCAAGCCAGCGUUUGGAAACACGUUCAGGAAAUCGAAACCUACAAAAACUGCUUCCGGAAAUGUCACGGUCUAUUUUCUCUCAACUUCCUUGACAAAUGUUGGUGAGGAGAGAAGUUUGGCGUGCUUUUCUUCUGUUGUCCUGGUUCGGAAAGGGAGGGACGUAAAGAUAUUAAGACUGUAAUUAUUGCAGGGCAGUUUUAUCAUUCUGCUUUUAAGGUAGUGUUCUUGUUUUGCUUUCGUUUGUUUUGUUUUGUUUUUCUGAGGUAGAUCUAGUAUUUUUUAUGUAGCGCCCAAUUGGCCAGUAAGUCUUUGAUGGUACUUAAGAUUAACUCCGUGAUGAAAUAAGUAGGUCUGUGUUCUGCUUCGCGUGCAGCUCGUGUGAGACUCGUGACAGGCGAAGGGGCUCAUUUGUCAACCAGGACUCUAUACCGGGAAACGAGAGCUCUUUAUUUCGUCUGGAGACCUUACCUGGAAUUAUGCUCAGUGUCUCGACCCCGGCCGUGGCGCAGACGCCUGACGUCAUAACGUGUACCGGCCAAUCCCCUCGACUAUGUCGCCCGCACAUCCAAUCAGAUCGCUCGGAAAACAAAGGGAGGUCACUCAGUCCUUCGUCAAGGGGGAUAAAGCAAAACGAUAUCAUCACAUCGCCUUUUACAAAGGCUGACAUCAACAAGCAGGAUGCUUUUUCAGGGGAUAUUCUCGAUUGCAGUGAUGGUAUAAACAAAUUGCGCAAACCCGCUCAGAAUUGUGCCAGUAAAGCAUUUACGGUUCCAAGCAUUCGAGUAGAGGCACUCUGCGACCACAAUACGACUUCUUAUGCUUCACCGUUUUCAAAACAGGAUAUUAUGCCCUUUUCCGGGAACGAAACAUUGUUUUCACGAUUGGAGAUGCACGACUCUGACAUGCCCGCGAAAGUCAUGGGAGGAAUUCUAGACUGUUCUCCUCCUCGCGCGACUGCCGAAUGCCCUCGAACGGCGGACGUUCCCGUCUCUCUGCCCUGUCGCUACCGACUGGACAAUACAGGACAAAACGGAGUUCCGCACGAGACAGCAGCGCAAACGGUCAACAGCGAUGACCUUGACACUCGGGAGAGAGACUUGGGGGAAGCGCUCAAGUGGAUUCGGCAGGAAAUC